UGUAUCAUUUAUAGUGAUAACUCUGUACUGACAUCGUCACAAUCAUGAAGGCAGCGCUCGGGAAAAGUUGGCGCGAUGCUGCGUCACUGAUAGUGCUCGCUAACCGCAACGCAGAAGCCGCGUUGCAGAGAGCUUCUCAGAAUAGCAACUACGAUAUCUUGUUGCAGACACGGCCGCAUACUGCAUCUUUCUCGAACAGUAUAGUGUUUCCGGGCGGGGUGACGGAGGAAGCGGACGCCGACGAGAGUUGGCUCCGGCUUAUCAGUUCGUUUGGCUUCACCCAGGAGGACUUUGCCUCAUUGCACAAACCUGGAACCAAUAUUAGUAUUUUCGCCAGCAACCCAAUAAAAAGACAUGUGUCACUACGAAUAACUGCAAUCCGUGAGACAUUUGAGGAGCUCGGCUUACUGAUCUGUAGUACCAAGCACAAGAACAAUAGGGGUGAUACCUGGGCCAAUGUUAUCCACUGUGACGAUGUUCAGUACUGGCAAGAUCGGAUAGGUAAAAAUCCUCUCGACUUACUCAACCUAUGUAAGGAACACAACUGCUACCCUGACAUAUGGUCACUACACUUCUGGAGCGCCUGGCUAACUCCAUCAUUUCUGCCCAAACGAUUUGAUACGGCAUUCUUCAUCACUGCAGUACAGUCUGAUGUUAAACUGCCCAAAAACUUUCAGAAGCAGGAAGUUGUUAAAGUAGAGUGGGCAAAUCCAAAGGACAUUCUACAGAGGAGCAACAAAGGGGAAAUAGAUCUGUUUCCGCCGCAGGGAUACGAGUUCUACAGGCUAUCACACUGCAGUGACUUGGAGGAUCUGAUACGGUUCGCCAAACAGCGAGUGUGUGAUGAUAACGACUUUGUAUACAACACCAGAGUGCGAGCAAAGGAUGGGGUCAUAAGUCUUUUCCCAGGUGAUGACCUCUUCCCAGAUGUAAAUUAUAUAAACGACGAGCCGGUUCGUAUCGAAAAAACUGUACUGGAGCUGCGAGAGGCCGCUCAUACCUUACAUCGCGUCGAGCAUAUAGACGCAACUGACGAGAAAACGCUAGUGCUUAAAAACUACAAACCCAACAACCAUAUCAAUAUGGGUGAUGUUAUUUUACCGUUCAAUGUAAAACUAUAAUAAAGUAACGAUAGUUCCA